AUGGUACUUGAUUCUUCUCAAAUCAUAAGGAUCUAUACCACAAGGUUAGUUAAUUCCUUAAUACCUUCUGAAUUUGGAGAAGAGUAUAUACAUAGUCUAACUAGUGAAUUGUUAAAUCAAUUUUCUAAUCCAGAUAAUGGGACCCAUGAUAUCAAUAAAGUACUCAAUCAAUACAAGCGUUUGUUCUUAACUACGGGUAAGAACACAGAAUGGAUAAAAUUCCACAGCAUUGUGGAAUCACUACUAAAUGUCAAAAGUCCAGAUAAAGUGGGGAGGUAUUUGGUGUUUUUGGCAUCAAUAAAAGGAUUGAAUAUCAAUGAAGGAUCAAGUUCACAAUCUCAAAGUCGACCCCAUAAUUUCAAAAAUCUUAGUCCACCACCUUUCCCCCCUUCAGGAAUACCACCAAAUAAACCAAUAAAUCUCCAAUCAUCACCUUAUAAUUAUCAACACAAUGCACAAUCACAACCUCAAGUAUCACUGGAAUUCAAUAUGGGAAAUUAUGGGAAUGCACCUAUGGCUGAACUCACAAAUCAAUUCAACAAUAGUAUAGCCGAAGAAACCAUCCUACAAUAUUUAUCAUUCACAUUAACCGGUCUAGAUUCUAAGAUAUUCCAAUUCAUAAAAAGAGGAGAUGAAAUAACAGUUGAAAUCCCAUCGAAUCUCGAUAUUUCCCAUUCCCUUCUAAUAGGGAAGAUCUUAGAACCAGGAUUAAUCUAUGUCAAAUUAAAGCAUUUUCUUACUCAAAAGAUCAUCGAAGAUUCACCUAUAAAGACAUCAUUUGUAACAGUAUUAAAUAACGAACUUAACGAAUAUUCUAACUUCAUCAAUGAAUUGUUUAAUUUGAAUCCCCAAUCCUUAACAAUUGUAUAUAGACAACUUUAUGACAUGUUAUUGAAGUUGAGAUUACUUUAUUCAUUAACGAACCAAUUAACCUUGAGUGGGUAUGAAUUUUUGACCAAAUUAUUUGAACUUACUAAAUUCGAAGAUAGAAUAAUAUCGGAGAAUUGUCGUACAAUAUUUCAUCAAAUAUCUAAACCUUAUUAUGAAAUCAUAGAGAAUUGGAUCGUAAAAGGUGACCUUAUUGAUAAUAGUAAGGAAUUUUUCAUUGAAUUCGAUGUUAAUCAACAAGAAUUCCAUGAUAUUAUCAAAUAUUUACCUGAAAAAGUACCGAAAUUCUUUGUUCACAUCAAUGAAGAUAUAGGGUUCAAGAUCUUCCAAAUCGGGAAGAUUUUGAUUUUCUUGAAUAAGUAUUGUAAAGAGUUAAAAUGGGUCAACGACUACAAUAACAAAUAUUCUGACUUUAUAUAUGUACAGAAUUCAGGCUUACAAUUAAUGGAUAUCAAUGUCAUUAAUGAAUUAAUCAAUACUCAAUAUGAAGAACUUUUGAGUUUUUUUACAUUUGUGAUUCAUGGUAAAUAUGAAGUGUUGAAUCAUUUCAAGAACUACAAAAAGUUUCUUUUGAUGUCAUCGAAUGACUUUAUUGAACUGAUAAUAUUCAAUGGAUUUGAGUUAUUCAAUGAACCGUCGAAUCAGUUGACUUCAAACCAAUUAUCCAAGGUAUUGGUGGAUUCUAUAAAUUCUUCCAGUAUUAAGAACUAUUCAAUGGAAACAAAAAAUAGAUUAGAUGCUAGAAUUUUGGACUUAAGUCAUGGUAAUAUUGGGUGGCAAGUCUUCACAUUAGAAUAUAGGAUUAAUGAUUUACCUAUAACUAACAUUAUGAAUUUCAAUAAUAGUAAUUUAGAGUAUUUGAAAUUUUUCAACUUUAUUUGGAAAUUGAAACAAUUUCAAUAUUUGCUUAAUCUUAGUUUCAAAGAAAGUAAUAAGAUCAAAAAGGACGAACUAAAGAAAUUUUCCAAAUCCAAAUCAUUUUCUCAUAAUAAGUAUAUUUUGCAAUCAUUCAAGACUAUCAAUUUGAUUAGAUUCAAGUUGAUAAAGUUUUUGAAUCUCAUCAUCAAUUACUUAUCCAAUGAAAUUGAAUUAAAUUUCAAUAAUUUAUUGAAUUUCUUCUAUAAAGAGUCAGAAGAGUUGAACAACAAGUUAAACAAAGAUUUCAAGAAACUUAUCGAUAAAUCCCAUCAUAAUGUUCCACCACCAUCUAUGAUCAAAACAAAUAUCAGGAAGUUGAACUUCAAUGAAGUGAUAAAUGUAAAUUUGAAUUACAUCAAAAAUCUUAAAUUCAAAAUCCUUGAUAAUGAAGUUAUAGGUAAAUCAGGACAAUCAUUGAUUGAUCAAAUCUAUAAUAUCCUUAAGAUCAUAUUUAAGUUCAUAAAAACCAAUGAAGAAUUCAAUAGUAUUAUUAUUCAAUAUGUUAGUUUAUUGAAUGUUGAAGAUAAUGAUACUAAUUUUGAUCAAAUAGAUAAUGAUUUUGAGUAUUGGGAAGGAAGUUUAAGAAAAAUUGUUGAUAAGAUUUAUAAAGAAAUUUAUUUUGAAUUCUCCACCAAUUAUAAUGAUUUCGUAAAGGAUUUACGAAGUGAUAUCGAUUUAAAAGACUUUGCUAAAUUAUUUUAG